AUGUACUUGAUUAUUGUGUUUGGAAACCUGUUCAUCAUCCUGGCGGUCAGCUCAGAACCCCACCUCCACACCCCCAUGUACUUCUUCCUCUCCAACCUGUCGUUAGUAGACAUCUGCUUCACCUCCACCACCAUCCCAAAGAUGCUGUGGAACAUCCAGACUCAGAGCCAAGCUAUAACCUAUGAAGGGUGCAUCAUCCAGAUGUAUUUUUUCACACUGUUUGUAGUUUUGAAUGACUUCCUCCUGACUGUGAUGGCCUAUGACCGGUUUGUGGCCAUCUGUCAUCCCCUGCACUACACAGUCAUCAUGAAUGCCUGGCUCUGUGCACUGCUGGUUCUGGUGUCCUGGGUCAUCGUGGUCUCCUUAUUUUAUUGUACCUGCUUAGGAGUGUAUAUUUAUCCUGUUAAUGCCCAUAGCUCACACCCAAGUGCAACGGCCUCAGUGAUGUACACUGUGGUCACACCCAUGCUGAACCCCUUCAUCUACAGUCUGAGGAACAAAGACAUAAAGAGGGCUCUGAAAGCACUCUUUAAGACUGCAGCUAUAAAAGGAAGCCAAUUGUUCUGA